AGCAGUGCCAGCAGGCAGUGAGCCAGCUGACAGAGAGACUGUCGACCAGCAGCCAUGACAGACACCGAUUCUCUAAGUGAAGCACUAAAGGCUAUCAGUGUGAGUACAGAGCUAAUUGAAGAGGAGCUCAAGCCUCAUUUGGACACAGUACUAUCUUCUUUGCUGGAAAAGAAAAAAGAUGCUGCUGCUGCGAUCGUGAAUAGUGGGAUUCUACCCACACUGGCUCAGGCUUUACAAAGUAAAAGCAGCCUGUGCUGCCAGGUGGCUCUGGUGGUGGCAGAGAUGGCCCGUGAAGCUGCAGUCAGGGAGUCGUGCAUUGAGGCAGGCCUGGUGAAGGUACUGCUUCCUCAUCUGAACAGCAACAACCAGGAGAUGCUGCUGAACACUGGAAGAGCCAUUGGACGCAUCUGCUUUGACAACUCAUACCAACAGGACUUGUUAGUCCAGAGUGGCGUAAUACCCAGACUGGUGUCCAUAAUGAAGGAUUAUUCAGACAACGACCCACUGGUUAACGUUUGCCUGCUGGCCCUUUGCAACCUGGCUGACAUGGACUCUGCGAGGGAUGCCCUGUCAGAGCUGGACGUGGCAGAUGUACUAACAUUUCAGUUGAAACGGGCACCUGAUGCCGAACGCCGACAUGUCAUCCUGGAAAUACUGGGUGCACUGGGCGAGAGUGAUACACUUAAGCUGCAGUUUGCAGAGUCAGGAGUACCAGAGGCUCUAUCAGAGAUGAUUCAGUGCCUGCAAGGAGGUUCUGACCCCCAUGACCUCUGCAGCAUCAAGAUCGCCUCCAACCUCAUAGUGUCUCUGCUUUUAGGAGAUGAGUCUAUGCAGAAGUGCUUUGGUGAGGGAUCAGGUCUGGUAUAUCAGGAUGUUCUGUCCUGGCUCCAGAGCUCCAACACUCAGCUGCAGCUGUCUGGGGCCUUGGCCAUCGCCAACUUUGCCAGGAACGACAGUAACUGUGUGAAGAUGCUGGACCUUGGGGUUGUUCCUCACAUCCUGACCUUGUUGGAGCAACAUGUUGACGAGGGAGAUGUGUCUGUUCAGCAUGCUGGACUGAGUGCGCUCAGGAACCUGGCUAUUCCUGCCACUAACAAAGUGCGGAUGCUUGAGGAUGGGGUGACUGAGAGGAUAAAGACCCUGCUACGCUCAGACAUGCCGCCUGUUCAGUUCAAACUGCUGGGUACACUACGCAUGAUGGUGGAUGGUCAAGAUGAGGCAGCUUUGGUGCUGGGGAGAGAUGCUGUACUGCUGGCUCGGGUCAUGGAAUGGUGUGAAGCCAAAGAUCAUGCAGGAGUCCGAGGAGAAGCCAGCCGCCUGUUGGCUGCCCUCAUCAGACACAGCCGCAGUCCUGAAGUUGUUCAUGCUGUAGCCAAAGCAGAUGGGGUUCGGCACCUUACGUCCAUGGCAACGAGUGAGCACGUCAUCAUGCAGAAUGAGGCCCUGGUUGCCCUGGCAAUAGCAUCUGCCAUUGACCUUGAGUCUAUGAAGGAUCCAUUAUGGGAGGCAGAGCUGUUGCCCCUGCUUAAGAAGAUGUUGGAGGAUCCUGAAGGGGCGGUCGAAGUCAAGUUCAGUGCUUUAGGUCUCAUCUGCAGCCUGGCUAACUCCAGUGCGAUGAAGGAGGAGUUGAAGUCUGUGAAUAUGAAGGAAAGCCUAACUAAACUGACAAAUCAUAGCAGCAGUAAACUUGCCUCACAAGCCAGUUCCCUAGUGGCCAUUCUCAGUGACACCAGCUAAACCAGCACAUUAAAGACUCAAAGGAUCUCAUCUGCUGUAUGGAGUUAUCCUGUUAUUCAAUGACAUACUGUAAUUCAACUGAGCUUUUUGCAGAAGUUUUGCUAACUAUUAAUUUGGCUAUGGCUUUGGCUUUCUGGUAAU